UUGCUAAUUUUCUUAUUUUAUUCUUCUCUCUUUUUUUUUGCCAUUUCCAUAUAUUUCCUUUCUCUCUCUCUAUCUUCCUUCUUCUCCCCAUUCUGGAACUUUUUUUCUCCAUCUGCUCUCCUUUCCUUUUAUGGUAGAUUUUGUGUGUGUGUGUGUGUGUGUGUGUGUGUGGAGAAAGUCGCCAUCGACGAGAAUCGAAGGCGAGGGUUGAAGCCAUCGACGAGAACGACAAGACCACUUCUUCCCUGCAGCAGAAGCCGAGACUUUUCCGCAUCGAUCAUCGUGGAAGAUGGUGAGAGGCAAGAUUCAGAUGAAGAGGAUCGAGAACGCCACGAGCAGGCAAGUCACCUUCUCGAAGCGGCGGAAUGGUCUCCUCAAGAAAGCCUACGAGCUGUCCGUUCUGUGCGACGCCGAGGUCGCCGUGAUCAUCUUCUCGCAAAAGGGAAGGCUUUACGAGUUUGCCAGCUCCGACAUACGAGAAACAAUAGAACGCUAUAGUAGAUAUGCCAAGGAUGUGCAGACAUACAAGAGGGACAUGGAAUACCAGGUCUUGCAUCUGAAGCAUGAAACGGCAGAAAUGGAAAGGAAGAUCGAGAUCCUUGAAGUUUCUCAAAGGAAGCUUUUAGGCCAAGGUUUGGGGUCAUGCUCCAUGGAGGAGCUCCAUGAGAUGGACUCGCAGCUAGAGCGAAGCUUGAGCAGUGUUAGAGCCAGAAAGGCUCAGUUGUUUAAUGAGCAAAAGAGACAAUUGGAGGCGAAGGAGAAGCUCCUGCUAGAAGAAAAUGCGAGACUGCAUGCAAAGUGCAGUGAGAAUCACCGGGAGACGAGAUCAGCGUCUCAAGAGAGAGGAGCAAUCUACCGGUUGAGCAGCAAUGGUCCUUAUGGGCUCGAUGUCGAGACAGAACUGUUCAUCGGGCUUCCAGAAAUGCGGUAUUCAAAGCAGCAGCAACAGCAAUAGCACCAGCAACAACCGCAGAAGCAAAGGAAUCAGCCCCCACCAAUCACCUUCACCAAAACUUGAUGAUUGCUACCUUUCGUUUCUCCAAUUUCACCUUUCAACCAAUAAUGGAGCUUUCUGAUAUCAAUUUAGCUAGCUAGGGUUUUGGCCAGGCAUAAGCAAUAAGAGGCCAGGGAGCGUAAUAAUUCAGGGAGGAUACAUGCGUAUAUCAUACGCUUGCUGCUUUGAACUUCAGUCAUGUAUGUAUGUAGUUCAUGUGUCUACAUGUAAUUAGGCAGCCCUUUUCUUAGUUUCGUUUGUUCUCCACCAAUGUUGUCGUUUGAUUUUUGCAUCGUAUGAUCAUUAAUGACAAAAUAUACCUCUCGCGAGUUAUACGCCAA